ACCCUUUUUUUUUUUUCCAACACACUUUCUUUACAUAAAUGCCACAAGCGGCACGCAGACCCAAAACCAAACCUAAGUUUGACGCUGCCAGCAAUUUAAAAAUCGACCAAUUCUUUAAGCCUUUACCUAAAAUGAAGACCUUUAUUCAAGAGAAUGAAAAUAGUCAAGACAGACCUUCAUCGUUCGGAAACCCCACAAAAGGAAGAGUAAACGAAAAUAACGCUAAUAUCUUUGACGUGAAGAGAAGUUCAAGCAACUUGAUCAGCAGUAGUCAAAACAGUGCAGUUGGUCUCAAAAGGACCUCCAGUAACUUGGUCAGCAGUAGUCAAAAUAGCGCCCUUGGCCUCAAAAGAACUUCAAGUAAUUUGACCAACUCUAGUCAAAAUGGAACGAAUCCCUUUGGCAUCAAAAGGAAUCCAAGCGACCUCAUGUUUAGUAGCCAACCUGAACCAGGCAGCUUUAAGAAUACCUCCAGUCAUCCAAUUACGAACAUUGAUAAUUUCUUUGGCAACAAAAGCAAAACAAAUAAUAACCAACGUCUUAGCAAUCCAUUUGAAAUCAAACGAACUGCGAGCAACUCGACCAAUCAAAGUGACACUGAUGCAACAAAUAAUCUGAAGAGAACUUCAAGUAAUUCGAGUGGUCAAAAGAAGGCACAAGGUGUCCUUGAUACCUUUCUUGAGCGUAAAGAGGAACCUGUUCGCGUCUUUGUGGAUGAAAAUGAAGGUUGUGAGACACGACCACGAUCACUGGAUGCUCGUGUUGUUCAAGCAAGAGCAUUGCAAAAAAAGAAGAUUAAACCUUUAAACACCUAUAGUCCAACUACCACUUCUCCCAGUACUAUCUUUCGCGAUGACUAUGAGGAUGAUGAUGAUGACGAUGAUGAUGAGGAAAAUAAUCCCCCGUUGGCCAUUUAUCGAGAUGAUUUAAAUACACAGUAUAUCAUGAGUUCAUCGCUGGUUCGUCCAGAUGAAUUGGUGGAUACUGGUCCACAGAAGAAAUUUCAGAUUUACGUGGAUAAAGACACUCAACAAUCAAGUCCACUUCUUUCUUACUCUCCUGACUCGCAAGUUGUUGCUGAUGAUGACGAUGAUGGUUUAUCUGAAGUAUUCGAAAAUGAAAAGAAAUCAACCCCAUCACCAUUAAUAUCACACGAAGUAUCUUCUUAUCCUUUUAAUGAUGAUGAACUAUUAUUCUCGGACAAUGAUGAUGAGGAUGGCUUUGAUCCCGCCGAUGAAUUUUCUAUUGCAGUACAAGAUGUCAAUGAACCCACUAAACCUGAAAAGAGCUUGUUUGAAGAUUAAUCCUUCCUCUCUCUCUUCCCCCCUCCAACCUUAACGUCUGCAUAUAUCCCUUAUCUUCUUCUUUAGCCGUCCUUUCUUUUAUAUAAAUCAUACCCUUUUUUUUUUUUACAGACAUUUACGCGACACGUUAUUUUUUUUUUCUAUAAAUAAAAUAAUUACCGUGCAUCAUUUUUAUCAUCAUAA